AUUCAAAUCCCAUAGCUAAAAUGACACAAUGUGAUGUCCCAUAAAUCAACUGCAGAAGAACUGACUAAAGAAUUGAUUAAAGAAUUGAGGAUUCCUGAGUCUCGAGCAUUUUGACUGAAAUACACAUCUACUAAAGAGGAGGAUCAAAUGUGGUGGAGAAGAACUUAAAGACCAGCAUGGAAGGAAUAUCACGACUCAUAUCUUCUCCCGGAGUUCUCAGAGAGAACAUUGCAUCAGAUGUUACCCAGUUAAUAGGGUGGACUCCUCUGGUAGAGAUGAAGCGCAUCGCACAGGCAGAGGGCGCUGUUGCGAGAAUUGUUGGGAAACUCGAAUUUUAUCAGCCUCUUUCUUCUGUCAAGGAUCGAAUUGCUCUCAGGAUGAUAGAGGAUGCAGAAGAAAAAGGGCUAAUCACUCCUAGAGUGACUACUCUAGUGGAACCCACAAGUGGCAAUACAGGCAUUGCAUUGGCAUUUGUUGCUGCUCAAAAAGGCUAUAAAUUUAUUGCAGUAAUGCCAAAUACUUAUUCUAUUGAACGUCGAAUGAUAAUGAAGUGUCUUGGUGCAGAUAUUUACUUGACUGAUUCUGCACUUGGUUUUCCUGGGGUACUGCAAAAGGUUGAAGAGUUGAGAAAAGCCAUUCCUGAUGUUUACAUGUUGGAUCAGAUUAGUAAUCCUGCAAAUCCUGGUGCACACUUCCAAAGCACAGGUCCUGAAAUUUGGCAAGAUACGGCAGGCAAAGUUGACAUAUUUGUUUCAGGUUCUGGAACGGGAGGAACCAUAUCAGGGGUUGGAAGAUAUUUGAAGAUGAAAAACCCAUCUAUUAAGGUUGUCUGUGUUGAACCUUCUGAAAGCCCUGUAAUUUCAGGUGGGCAAAAAGGAAGCCAUAAAAUACAAGGACUUGCACCUGGAUUCAUAACAGACAAUUUGGACAUGGCUGUGAUUGAUGAGAUUAUUACAGUUUCGUCAGACAAAGCAAUGACAUAUGCGAGGAAGAUCGCCAGAGAGGAAGGAUUGCUCGUCGGCAUUUCAUCAGGUGCAGCAUAUGCAGCUGCAUUGGAGGUUGGACAGCGACCGGAGAACAAAGGUAAAUUGAUAGUAAUGAUGUUACCAAGUGGUGCAGAAAGGUAUUUAAGCACGGAUUUGUUUUCCUCCAUUAGAGAAGAAUGCAGUAAUAUGAGCUUCUGAGCAAAAAUAAACAUCCCAGUUCUCUCGGUCCCUUUGGUAUUGACAGCAGUUGAGUGAAAUGUUUUCUUCCUCUUAUUUUCGAUUGAAUAUAAAUGAUAACGAAUAGCUCUUGUUCUUGUGAAAUGUGCAAAUAAGUGUCGAGGAUUCAUAACUAUCCUCCUUUCAGAUACAGAAUAAUGUCUGUUUAUCAAAUUAGUUUAAAUUCAGAUACAGGAUAAUGUCUGUUUAUCAAAUUAGUUUAACUUACCGUAAUCAGAUUUCAGAAUAACGUUAAUUGCUAUACUGCUAUAUAUAUAUGAUGAAUAGUUCUAUUUAACGGUAA